GCAUCAAUCUCUACAAAGAACCAACAUGUCGACGUUUAAGAUUAUCACGUUGAAGAGCUGCGAUGACAAGAUCUUUAAGGUUGACGAAGCGGUGGCUGUACAGUCACAAAUGAUAGCUCACAUGGUUGAAGAUGACUGUGUCGAUGGUGAAAUCCCUAUUUCCAAUGUCACCGGCGUGAUUCUCGCCAAAGUGAUCGAAUAUUGCAAAAAACAUCUUGUCAACCCCGAUGUCGAUGGUGAUUCAUCUCCUUCCACGGAAGAUGAACUCAAGAAUUGGGAUGCUGAGUUCAUGAAGAAUAUGGAUCAGGAGAUGCUUUUUGCCUUGAUAAUGGCUGCUAAUUAUCUAAACAUCAAGGAUCUUCUUGAUCUCAUUUGCCAAACCAUAGCUGAUAUGAUCAAAGGUUUUUCGGUAGACGAGGUUCGAACAUUUUUCAACAUUAAAAAUGAUUUUACACCGGAAGAAGAAGCAGAGAUUGGCGCCGAAAACGAAUGGGCUUUUGAAUAAUCAUGUAGAUCACUUUGGAUGACUUGUUCAUGACAUUGUCCUCGUGCAAUCUUUUUUAUUUAAUUUUUAUAUAUAA